GUUGCAAUAUGGGGUGAUGUCAUAUGCCAUUUGUGUACAAAACCAAUGCCAUCCCCCCUCUUUAGUCCGACGUAGAAACCUGCACCUUCCCCAAUCUUCCCUCUGACAGUACUCGAGUACCUCGUACCCCGACAUUGAACAUGUCGAGCAAACAUUUCAUCAACGAUUCGACCCAUCUGGUCAACUCAGCUUUGAAGGCUCUAACCAUCACGAAUCCCUCCAUCGCUCUUGAUGCCGCGAACAAAAUCGUAUACAGAAGACCCGAUGAUGCACCAGCACAGGUAUCCAUUAUCUCUGGAGGUGGAAGUGGCCAUGAACCAAGCUUUGGAGCGUUCGUCGGCGCUGGCUUGUUAUCUGCGGGUGUUGCGGGUACAAUCUUUGCAUCCCCAAGUUCCGAGCAGAUCCGGAAGGCGGUUAUGUCGAGGGUAGACACAGAAAAAGGCAUCCUGGUUACGGUGAUGAAUUACACUGGCGAUGUCUUGAAUUUUGGAGUGGCCGUGGAGAAGGCGAAGGCUGCUGGGCUGGAUGUGGAAAUGCUGGUCGUUGGAGAUGAUGUCGGUGUAGGGCGAGCAAAAGCAGGAAAGGUUGGGCGGAGAGGAAUUGCCGGGACAUGCUUGGUUCACAAAAUCUCCGGGGCUCUAGCAGCAGCAGGAGCCAGUCUGACUUCGGUUUACAGUGUUGCUAAACUGACAGCCGAAAACAUUGUUUCUGUCGGAGCUAGUUUGGAGCAUGUUCAUGUCCCGGGACGAGCUCCCUCAGAUCCCAAUGCCGAAGGAACGCUGGCCGUAGACGAGGUUGAAAUCGGCAUGGGAAUACAUAAUGAGCCAGGAAGUGGCAGGGCCGUGGUUGAUCUUCCCGAGUUGGUAAAACGGAUGCUUCUGCAGCUUCUGGAUUCAAAUGAUAAAGAAAGGGCAUUCCUGAAUGUCAAUUCGAACGAAGUGGUCCUCCUCAUCAACAACCUUGGCGGUGUUAGUGUCUUGGAGUUGGGAGGAAUUACUGCGGAGGUGGUUGGACAGCUAGAGAAGACGUGGAAUAUCAAACCAGUGCGGGUGUUGGCAGGCACAUACAUGACCUCACUGAAUGGCAAUGGCUUCAGUAUAAGCAUUCUCAACGUCGUCAACACGGACAUCGGAGGACCAAGUAUGAUUGAAUUGCUGGAUGCACCAUGUGAAGCGGCAGGAUGGACAGCACCAAUCCGAAAAGAAACAUGGGAAGCAAAAUCGGCAAAAACCAGAGAGUCAACAGUAUCUGAGAAUGGCGAGAUCAAACCAAGUGGACUGAAACAUGACCCUCAAGUAUCAAACAUCGCUUUGACUCGUGCUCUGAAGAGAGUUGUUGAGGCGGAACCUGACGUGACAAGAUUCGACACCGUUGUUGGUGAUGGCGAUUGCGGUAUUGGUCUCAAGAGAGGCGCUGAAAGUACGUUGAAAUUUGAAGCCUUUAUUUGGCGUAAUCGUGGCUAACCAGAUGCAGGUAUCUUGAAAUUUCUCGAAGACACACCACUAUCUGAAGAUCUUGUGGUAGACCUGACUAAGAUGGUACAAACGGUCGAAGUUACGAUGGAUGGUACUUCAGGGGCAUUGUAUGCCAUCUAUCUCAAUUCUUUGACACGCGCUCUUAGAGAACGAGCUUCCUCAGGUGUUGUCAGUCCUAGAAUCUGGGGAGAAGCUGCGGCAGAAGCCUCUGCUGCCUUGAGUAGGUAUACUCCAGCAAAAGUUGGAGACCGGACGUUGGUGGAUGCGUUGCAACUAUUCGUUGACGUACUCAACUCAACGGGUGAUCUCACCAAGGCAGCUGAAGCAGCUAGAAAAGGUGCAGAGAGUACCAAGGGUAUGAAAGCCAGUCUAGGAAGAACUGUGUAUAUUGGAGGGUCGGGAUUUGAACAAGUUCCGGAUCCUGGAGCUUGGGGUUUAUCAGAAUUCUUUCUUGGACUCGCAGGAGUCAAGAGUGAAGUCAACCCAGCAGAGCCAGAUUAUGAGAUGGUAUGA